ACUCCUCGGAGGCGGAGCCAUUGGGUGGGACGGGGUCAAGUACUGGGUUUAGUUCUGCGCAGAACACGCUUAGGGACUGGAUUGGAAGGCCGGGGGCGCGGUGGGGGUGAGGCCCCGGCGCCCUGACUCCGCACGCAGUCUGCGCAGGCUCAUUGUGCGUUACGCUGGGCCGUCCGUUACGCUAGGCUGCUAACAUGGCUGCCUCCAGGUGGCUGCGCGCGGUUCUACUGUUUCUGUGUGCCUCGGACCUUCUGUUGCUCCCUCCUCCUAAUGCCUACGCGGCGGACACUCCGGGCGAGGCCACCCCACCUCCACGGAAAAAGAAGGAUAUCCGCGAUUACAACGAUGCCGACAUGGCGCGACUUCUGGAGCAGUGGGAGAAAGAUGAUGACAUAGAAGAAGGAGACCUUCCAGAACACAAGAGACCCUCGGCACCUAUCGACUUCUCAAAGCUAGACCCAGGCAAACCUGAAAGCAUCUUGAAAAUGACAAAGAAAGGGAAGACUCUGAUGAUGUUUGUCACUGUGUCUGGGAGCCCCACCGAGAAGGAGACAGAGGAGAUCACCAGCCUGUGGCAGGGUAGCCUGUUCAACGCCAACUAUGACGUUCAGAGGUUCAUCGUGGGAUCAGACCGCGCCAUCUUCAUGCUCCGGGAUGGGAGCUAUGCCUGGGAGAUCAAGGACUUUUUGGUCAGUCAAGACCGGUGUGCUGAAGUCACUCUAGAAGGACAGAUGUAUCCUGGCAAAGGAGGAGGAAGCAAAGAGAAAAAUAAAACAAAGCCAGAGAAGGCUAAAAAGAAGGAGGGAGAUCCCAAACCACGGGCUUCCAAGGAAGACAAUCGAGCUGGGAGUAGAAGAGAAGACCUUUAGCAGGUGGCAAGCUUCCCGCUGGAUAGGCAGGACCAGAUAGCCCCUCGAAGACUGGUGGGGCAGGUGGGUGCAGGAAACUGCAUAGCAGAUGACAUUCUCAUGUCCUCUAGAAAUGGUCUGUGUGUGACCAUCUGGUCAAUAUCACAGUUACCGUAUAAAAGGCUUCCCAUGUGAAGGCAGGAUUUGUGAUUGGUAGUGGACUGGCAAGUCAUGUCUACUGUGGCUUCACCUGACUUUGGAAACUUGAUGUUUUGUACCUUUUACAUCUCUUGAGUCCAUGACACCCCCAGAGUACCACUCCCUCCUCAGUGCACCUGCUGUGGUCCCAUGGCCUGUUGUAUCUGUGUGUUACAAGCUCAAGUCAGACAAGCCUUGAGAACCUUUAAGGACUUGACUGAAGCGGGCAUUGAUUGUUCAGUGGGUGAAGAUAACUGCCAUAUGAGCAGUGCUGUGCGCCCAGGAUCUGGACAGCAAACUCGUUAUGCAGAGUGGGCAGAUUCACGACAGUGCCAUCCAGAAGUCCUCAUCAGUUCCUGGGAGUCUUUGUCUCCCCGUCUCCUGUAGUUGUAGAGGGAAUGCGCUUGUUCCUCAUGUGGGGAAAGAAGGAUGCUUCACUGAGGCCUCACGUUCUGCAUAGCCCGACAACUAUAAAAUUGGUGAGGAGGGACCAGCAGUCUUGCAUAGGAGUGGACCUCAUCUACAGUAUUUCUAAGUGGUUUCCUUUGAUGAAGUGCCUAAACUUGUGCUUUUGUAUGGUACUCAUGAUGUGCUGCUGUUCACAUCUGUUUCUGCUGUUCAUAGGUUGAAGCUUAGCUAAAAGAACAUUUCUAUGAGGAUGCCAUUUUUAAGAACUCACAUUCUUUUAAAACUUCACUUGUGGUUUGAAAUUGGAAAUAGUACAUGCACACGUACCCGGCUAGAAAUUGUCACUGUUAAGAGUGUCACAGGUGAAGAAUUGCCCUACCCUGCUGCCAGUACUUUGUCCCAGUGAAGCUACUGUUGGUCAUUGGUUUUUCAAAAAUAAAGUACAAUUACCAGCUUCCA